GAAGAUGUUCAGCAUUCGUGAAAACCAGUGAGAACUCGUGAGCGUAGCGAAUCGUUGGAACCUUUGUGGGCACGCACUACAACAAAAGCUUGUGAAUUUUUGUUAUUUAUUGAGAAAAAAAAUAUGUGGGAGAACGUCCCUGAUUUUCUGGAGCUGUUCAGGAACUUUCCUGUCUCCUUAUCAGUCCUGUUUGUGGUGCCAGUUGUUCUUCUUAGUGGGCCCUCAUCACCUGUCAUGGCGGCGCACGAGUUUCCCGUGUUUAGAAUGCAGCAAUUUGACCUACACCAGACUCAAAGUGGCUCUCGUAGUUCAUUGGUGAACAUGGAGGCACGACCCAUGACCUCUGACAUGUUAACAAGACGCUGUGUGGUGACAAGGUUGUCAGACCUAACUAUUGAGAGAUUUAAAGAAGCUGUUCAAUCCUUAGGGGCAGGAGCCAUGCUAAUACUGCUUCCAAAGAACACAUCUGUUGCUUCCCUCGAACAAAUGGAGGAGUGGCAGCAGCUGGAGAGAGAUCUUUUAACUGUUGAGGUGCCUGUAGCUGUAUAUUUUGCUUAUGAAGACAAAGAGCUAACUGAAAUUUAUGAUGAUAUCAAAACAGCUGUCACUAGUGACCAGGCUGGGUCAGCAUUUGAAGCUUUACUUGGAGUGGCUUCUGCAAGUGGUUAUCAAAUGGUUGUGAGUGUGGGAGAAGCCAAACAGAUUAAAGAUAUGGCUAUUACAAGUCUACAGGGGAAGUUGUCUGGAAUUGGAAUCGACGAGCAGCUUCCGACCAUUGCCAUUGUCACUCAUUAUGAUGCGUUUGGGAUGGCACCGAGUCUUUCAUUUGGAUCAGAUGACAAUGGUAGUGGAGUUGUUGCUCUUCUGGAAUUAGCAAGAUUGUUUUCAAGAUUGUACUCAGAUCCUAGAAUGCAAGCAAGAUACAAUUUGGUGUUCUUUCUUUCUGGUGGUGGAAAAUUUAAUUACCAAGGUACUAAGAGAUGGCUUGAAGACAAUCUGGACAAUCCUGAGACAAGUGUGCUCAGUGAUGUGGACUAUGUGUUAUGUCUGGAUAGUAUUGCAAACACAGAUCAGUUGUUUCUGCAUGUCUCCAAACCUCCAAAGGAAGGAACUCCUGCAUUUGCCUUAGUUGAGGAAUUCAAAACGGUAGCAGAAGCUAUUUUCAAAGAAGUAAACUUUACUAUGAUACACAAGAAAAUCAAUUUGGCUGAAGAAACAUUGUCAUGGGAGCAUGAGAGGUUUUCACUUCACACGCAGCGUCUUCCUGCUGGAACUCUGUCUCACUUUGAAGACCCUCAAGUCUUAGGAAGAUCAUCAAUCUUUGAUGUUAGGUCAUCUGAGAAUGAUAACAAAUUAGAGCGCAAUAUAGAAUUCAUUGCUGAAGUUCUUGCUAGGCAUAUUUUUAAUUUAACAACAAAGGGUUUUCCAAAGAAUAUGAGAAUCUUUAGUGCUUCUAUGGCUGUAGAUUCACAUUUUGUUAAAACCUGGAUGGAUUACCUAGGCUCACAAGCACGUGCGGCUCAGUUGUUUCAUAAGGAUCAUCCAUUUCUUACAGGACUAGAACAGAGUUUCUCAAAAUAUGUCAAGGAUGUAAAGAGGGUCUCAGCUAAAGCUGAUAAAAGGGACCCUGAAUUUGUGUUUUAUGACAGGCCAGACACGACCAUGUUUGCCUAUAGGGUGAAGCCAGCCAUAUUUGACUUGUUUCUUGCCCUUGGCAUUGCAUCGUAUCUUGGUGUGUUCUAUCUGGCCCUUGUGAACUUCUCCAUUUUAACCGAAAUUCUGCCAAGACCAGUAUCGAAUUUAAAGCCUAAACAGCAGUGACCAUGUGAGCAGGGAUGGAGAAGUCAAAGCCAGUGUACUAUCAUGAGUGGACUGCUUUUACAUCUGCCAAUUAUGGUGUGGUUUCUUUUGGUGUCGUUUCAUAAUGUAAAGUUGAAGCCGUGGCAUGAAGUCUGGUUAUACUGCACGGUCGGCCAAAUUUUUAGUACCCUUUUUUGAAGAGUAGAUGGAAUAAAUGUGUCAAGCACAGAG